AUGGGUUCAGAGGAGGAAACAAAUGCUAUGACAACAUGGCAGGAAUAUUUUGAUAAUGUCCAGCUAGAGGGCUUCGAGGACUUUGCAUGGAAUAUUAGCUCCAUACCAAGAGCGGCACUUGGAGCAAGUGGCGGCGGUCACCGUGCUUCGCUGUCUGCUUUUAGUGUGCUAAGUGCUUUCGACAUGAGGAAUGCACAGGCAAAUGGUGGUGCCGGGACUGUCGGUGCUAUCCUUGCCAACGAUAAUACACUCAUCAGCGAUGUGGCGACCAAGUAUAUAAAUAUCAACAAUCAUCUUCUCAACCCGGGAGAUAACAAAACAGAGCGAUCUGAGAAUAUGGCAAACCUCACGAGACAAGUUCUGAGCAAAGAUGUAGCCGGCUACCAUGUCUCGCUCGUAGAUAUAUGGGCGAAAGAUGUUUCUUUCCAUUUCUUACACAAUAUCGAGAAUUUCGGCGACGAGCUAACGCUAUCGAGUAUCGCAAAUGGUGACAAUGCUUUUACAAACCAUACCAUGCCCUUUCCACUUAUAGUGGCUACCGUAUUCAAGAACGGCAGUGCCACAGCAUCUGUGGGUACAAAAUACAAGAAUGGUACAUCUGUGGUAGACAAUGUUUGUGUGUCUAAUUAUGAUAAUUUAGGCUUCGUUACGGGCACUAGCUCGGGCUAUUUCAUAGAUUACAACGGUAUCGCUGUCUCGGCUCUCACUGAGAUACCAAGUUUCUUGGAUGGCCUGUCCAGUACUGACGCACUCUAUAUGGGCGACAGUAUACGAUUGUCUGAUGGUGGCUAUGCUGAGGGUGGCGUCCCUGCCUUUUCCCUGGCCGUUCCUGCUCGUGAAGUAGAUGUCAUUAUAAUCCUUGACAAUGCCGGUGAUUCAGCUUGGACUGUACCGAAUGGUGAUUCUGUUGUGCGGUUUUCUAAUUACUCGACAAUGCAGGGGAUCCCAUUCCCAGAUACACCCACAAAAGAAGAGUACAUUGCUGACCCGAGCUUGGCCGAAGGGAUCCGAUUCUUUGGAUGUCAUUACUCUGAAGUACCCACCUUGGUUUACAUUGCGAAUCAGCUUGUUGUUCACAACACAAACCAGACCACUAUUAAGCUUGCUUAUCAGAACGAUGAGAUCGAAGGAUUUAUGACGAAUGAUCACGCCAUACUUACCCAACAAGUGGGCUUUGAAGAUGCGCCUGUGUGCAUGGCUUGCUUAUUUGCCACUGAGGCGGGAUUUUAG